AUGGCGACCAUCGAGCCAUCGUCGCGUGGCGUGAAAAAGGAAGAGCGCAGUUGGCGGUGGCCGCACGGUGGAUUCGCCGAAGGACAAGCCAAUCACGGGUUGCAUCGCAAGUACGAGCAACAAUGUCGCGAAGAAGAAGAGUGUGCAUCGCUGCGAAUUCGACCACCACCUCAAUCGAAGAAGCGCUAG